AUGGGCAAGAAGAAGCGCGGUCACCCCGACAUCGAAGAGGUUCUUGCGCGUCCGUGGUGUUACUACUGCGAGCGCGACUUUGAUGAUUUGAAGAUUCUAAUCUCACAUCAGAAGGCAAAGCAUUACAAGUGCGACAGAUGUGGGCGCAGACUCAAUACAGCUGGAGGUUUGUCCGUUCACAUGAACCAAGUACACAAGGAGAAUCUGACUACGGUGGAGAAUGCUCUACCUAACCGCUCUGCUCCCGACAUCGAGAUUUUUGGCAUGGAAGGUAUUCCAGACGAUGUAAUGCAGCAACACAACCAGCGCGUUAGUCACGAAUUCUUCGCAGCCGAGGCCGAUCGACGCGCUGCCACAGGCAACCCAGUCCCCGGUUCGUCAAUCCAAGGAGCUGCAGGUACAAAGAAGCCGAAGCUCGAGUCUCCUGCUGAGUUGAAGGCGCGUUUGGCCGAACACAAGGCAAGAAAGGCGGCCGAGAAAUCGGGUCUGGGAAGCGCUCCCGACACACCUGGCGAUGUCGCUACUCCUCCUCAGUACCGGUCGAGUUUCCCUCCGCCAUCAGCGCUUCAAGCUGCCAGCCCACCACCUUCCGCGUACCCACCUCAAUCGUAUGCUCAAGCUCCCGCUGCGUACGGCCAACAACCUCCCCCUUUCAACUACGGCGAACCACAAUAUGCAGCACCUCCAGGAUCCUUCCCGCCAGGUCAGUUUGGUUCCCAACCAUCCUUUUCACCCUCACAGCCUUAUGGCGGACAAGGCCCUCCUGCGCCGUUUGUUCCUCCUGCUCAAUUCGCAUACCCGCCACACUCAGCAAGUCCUCCUCAAUAUCAGAAUGCUCGCCACGCUCCACCCAUGAGCCCGCCUGCGCAAGAUCUACCGACUCGUCAGAAUAGUCUUCCUUCGGCUCCUGGUCUUCCCCAGCGUCCAACUUUCAAUGCCCCUCAUGUCAGUAGAGAGCAACUUGCAGAAAUGCAUAGUGGAAACAUGGGUGGCCCUGUUGCUCCCUCACAAGAGUCUGGUGCUAACGCAACAAGCGUGGAUGAGCUCAUAUCGGGCGCUGCCGCUCAGCAGUCCGCCAAAUCAGGUCCAUCACAACAACCUACACCCACCCCAGCACCCGAGAAGGAAGCUGAAAGUGGCAGCAAGAAGUCUAAAAAGGCCACUCGUCUAGUCUAUUCUGAUCAGGAAAUUUCUCCUGAAGAAAAGAUGGCUCAGAUGCCCAGGUAUGCCUUUACUCCAGACAAAGGUGGGGAAACUUACCUGGCUCCCGUCGAAGCAAAUGUCACUGGCGUUGUCAGAGGUCCAGAUGAUGUGAUCGACGCACAGAACUAG